AGCAGGCAUAACAUAUCUGGAGCGGAGACGAUGAAUGAUGAUGUACAGCUCCACCUAAUUGCUGGAAUUACCCGAACGGCAGGGCAAAGAAAGCCUCCGGUGCGCAGUGCAGUCUUCAAGGAAACUGGAAGACGUGGAAAAGUAGCUGGAUCAAAUUAUGGAGGAGGUCCACUAAGUUCAGCAGAUUUGAAGAAAAAGGAAAGAGAAUUACAAGCCAAGGAGGCUGAAUUAGAUAAGAGGGAAAAGGAACUGAAACGUAAAGAAGAGGCUGCAGCACAAGCUGGCGUUGUUAUGGAUGAGAAAAAUUGGCCACCUUUUUUUCCUAUUAUUCAUCAUGAUAUUGCAAGUGAGAUACCCAUCCACUUGCAAAGAUUGCAGUAUCUUGCAUUUGCUUCAUUGUUAGGCUUGACAGCAUGCCUCUUUUGGAAUGUCAUAGCAGUUACAACAGCAUGGAUUAAAGGGGAAGGUGUCAAGAUCUGGUUCCUUGCAAUCAUCUACUUCAUCUCUGGUGUCCCAGGUGCAUAUUUUUUGUGGUAUCGGCCUCUUUAUCGUGCCAUGAGGACUGAGAGUGCUUUGAAUUUUGGAUGGUUUUUCCUGUUUUACUUGCUUCACAUUGUUUUUGUCAUAUAUUCUGCUGUCGCUCCUCCAAUUAUUUUCAAGGGAAAAUCUUUAACAGGUAUUCUGCCAGCAGUGGAUCUUAUCAGCAGUAAGGUUUUGGUUGGGAUUGUGGGAAGAUGGAAGAAAAUACUGUGGUUAUUGAGAUGGGUAACAGCAGUUGUGCGGCACGAAAGGAAGGAUGAAGAAAAGGAUCACAAUGGUCAAGAUUUUCUAUUUCGUUGGGUUUGGCUUGUUCUGCCUCGAGUCACUGCUCAGCGUUUGGGUCAUGCAGAAAGUAUAUAUGUACUUCCGAGGGAGCGGAAAGGCUGCAGAAAUGAAGCGGGAGGCAGCACGUGGUGCUAUGAGGGCGGCAAUAUGAUUAUUGUAUUUAGAAUCACUUGGUUUCAAUGGCCACUGUCUGAUUGGAAGGCAAGAAAUGCUCUUGAUCAAGCUGAUGCUUUGCAUGCUUGAUUUCUUCUUGGUCAUUCAUGUCUUCAGAUUAUUGUCAGGCAUCUACCUUGCAUGAGCACUAAUUAGAGUACACUGUCCUUUUUCCAAAAAUUUACUGGGGAAGUGUGUAUCUGCUAUGGCUUCUUUGAUGCCUCUUCUUGAUUGUGUUAA